AUGGCUGACCUUGUCGGAUCCGGCGGCCGCAGCACGCCCGUCUCCAAUGGCAACCCCGUCCCGUCUUCGCGCACCCGUCCCGCUGCCGCUCCUGCACCUACCGGCUCUCCCGGAGGCAUUCGCGGGCCUAGGAUGAUCAUGCAAGAGCGGGCGGCGAGAGAAGCGGCGCGCCAACGGGCUGAACAGGAGCAGAUGCAUGCAGAGAGACAGCGAGCCGAACAGGAGGCCCAGCUGCUGGAGGGUACCCAGAGACGCAACUCGGAGCGUCGCGCAGCCGCAGCGGCUGGCGCUGCUGCGGGAGGCCAAGCCAGUGGCGCCGCCCCUGAGCACAUUGCCUCCCAAACACAACACACUCCCACGACACCGCAACGCCGGCCAACCGGUGGCUCUGACGCCGCGCCGCCGCGGACAAACCCCGCUUCUUCUCGACAGAGAGAUACCUCCACCACAGUGCAGCAACGGCCGGCGCGCGCCUCGUCGCAGAGCCGGUCACAGCCGCAAACCUCGUAUAACACGGCCCCGCGGCAGUCCAGCGCCGCGCAGCCUCCCGCCGCCACCGCAACCCAGCCGCCUCCCGCGCAGCCAUCCGACGCUGCUGGAGGAGCGAGGCCUAGAAACUCGUUCCCCCACGCCUUUGAGCGCUGGGAGACGCUUUCUGCUCACUGGGAGGGCUUGACCAACUUUUGGAUUCGCCGCCUCGAGGAGAACAACAAGGAUAUCGAACGCGAUCCGGUCAAUCAAGCCCUGUCCCGCCAGGUCACGGAUCUGUCAGCGGCCGGUGCUAACCUGUUCCAUGCCGUCGUAGAGCUGCAGCGUCUCCGUGCCAGCUCAGAACGCAAAUUUCAGCGCUGGUUCUUUGAGACGAGGGCCGACCUCGAGAGGGCUCAAGAAGUCAAUGCCAUGCUUGAGACGGCUCUCGACGAAGAGCGUCGAGCUCGCGCGGAUGCGAUCCGUGAGGCUGUCGCGAACGAGCAGAACAACUCGAUGAACAAGACUCGCUUCGAGGAGAUGCGCAAGGAGCUCCAGAUCUCCAAGGAGGAGGCUCGGCGCGCCUGGGAGGAGCUCGGCCGCCGCGAGCAAGAGGAGCGCGAGCGCACGCUGUCGCUGCAGAGCGGCCAGCCCACCAUCGUCGGUGGAGUUCAGGUCGUCCCCAUGACCCAAGGCGUUCCCAGCCGCCACGGCAGCGCUCGCCAGGGUGGCACCGCGCCGCAGCAGACGGAAUACGCCGGCAAUUCAGGUAGCGCCUACAGCGACGAAUACGCGCAAAGCUCUGCGCCGGCCAACCCUACGACUUCUGCGCCGGCCGCUACCAGCGGUCCUCUCUAUUCGCAGCCGGCAGCUGUCGAUCCGCAGCCCGCGACUGCGACUUACUCGUAUGGCGGUGGCGGCGGCGGCGGCGGAUCGGAAGGAGGCUACAGCGAAAGUGAGUAUGAGAUUGAUGCGCACGGUCAAUACAUUCGCGACCAGCGCGGGAACAAGGUUCCUUACCGUGCCCCGCCGUCGCCGAUUUCUGACGAGGGCGCAGAAGAGUACGAGACACCAGCGACGCAGCCGCCCAGCGCUGGCUACUCGCAGCCGCCGCCGGCCACAUCGGGCAGACCGCAGCAGGUGCCGCACGCGCCGGCGCCACCACAGCAAGAUUACUCGGGCCAGGGAUAUGGGGCGCCAGGCUGGGAAGAGGUCCCUCGGGGUUUCCCAUCAUCAUCCCACUAG